AAGCAAUGUAUCACUCUGAUUGUGUCCUUAUAAUCCAUCAAUAUAUAAAGGUACCCAAGGAAAAAUAUGCUCCUCGUCCUCUGUACCAGGAAACAGCCACUCGUUUCUGUUUUUGACGUUGCUCUGCUCUCUCACACAAUACAUGCUACUCCUAAUCUCAGGCAGUAACACGACACUUAGAGAACCACAAGACACUGCAGAGAACCACCCAAUGCCAAGUCUUCUUGCCACGAUCCUGCACCUCCUCUCCUUCGUCGUCGAUGCCGUCCGCCGCCUCCUCCGGCUGGCGUGUUCGGCGCCGUCCUUUCCGUCCGAGCAGGAACGUCCGGAGGUGGCUGCGGCAUGCUCCACGGAGCUUCGCGACCGAGAGCUCCCCGUGGCGCGCUACGGCGAGCAGCGUGGAGCGGAGCACGAGCGCUGCUGCGUGUUCUGCCUGAGCGGCAUCGAGGACGACGACGAGGUGAGGGUGCUCAGGUGCCUGCAUCUGUUCCACCGCUGCUGCCUCGACCGGUGGCUGGCCGCGCGGCCGGCGGCGACGUGCCCGCUCUGCCGUGGCAAGCUCCUCACGGUCACGGCGGCGAAGUACUUCCCCGGCGGAGAACAGGAGGAGAGGAGGAGCAUCGAGGGGAUGUGCAUGGUCAUGCUCAUGGCCUGCGUGCACAGGCGUAGCUCUGCUCCGGCAGUUUAGAAUGCCACGGCGGCCGGGCGGGCGGCGUACGUGCAUUGAGGGGAUGUGAUAGGGUGUUGCUUUCAACAAAAUGAAGUUGAUGUGAUCAGCAUCUGGAUUUGCAGUUGGGAAUGUACAUUAUUGUUCCAUAAUUCA